AUGGCGUGCAAGCGGCGAAGGACGAAGUCCAACAGCGCCGGCCUGACGGCGCUCUCGCUCUGCCUGACCAAGCGCCUCGCCCCCGUUGCCGCCGGCGGUGACGCGAACCUCGCCUUCUCGCCGGCGUCCAUCUACGCCGCGCUGGCGCUGCUGGCGGCGGGCGCCCGCGGCGGAACGCUCCAGGAGAUUCUGCACGCGCUGGGCGGGGAGUCCCACGACGACCUCGCGGCGUUCGCCCGCCGCGUCGCGGAGCGCGCCCUCGCGGACCGGUCGCGGUCGCCGCCGGGCGGUGGGCCGACCGUCGCGUUCGCCUGCGGCGCGUGGUACGACGCCGCGUGGGCGCCGGGACCGGAGUUCCGCGACGCCGCCGCCGCGGCCGACAAGGCCGAGGCGCGCGCCGUCGACUUCAGCAACGAGCCCGAGAAGGCAGUUAGCGAGAUCAAUGGCUGCGUGGCCGCGGCCACCAACAACCACAUCAACUCGAUCCUCGAUUCGAGCUCAGCGAACGCGCUCACGAGCCUCGUCGUCGCCAGCGCCAUCUACUUCAAGGGCAAGUGGGAGGUGCCGUUCACCAAGACCCACACCAGGGUGGACAAGUUCUACCGCCUCGACGGCAGCGCCGCCGACGUGCCCUUCAUGCGCUCGUCGCCGUCCGCAUCGGGCAACGAGCCCGACAAGGCUGCCGAUGAGCUCCUGAGGUACUCCAUGUGCAUCUUCUUGCCGGACGAACGCGACGGCCUCGCUGGCCUCGUUGCCAAGAUCGCGUCCGGCCCCGGGUUCUGGCACUACCGCUUGCCGGUUGAGCGGGUCCCUGUCGGCGACUUUCGGCUGCCCAAGUUCAAGCUCUCCGCCUCCGGCAGCGUGAGGCAGGCCGGCGAAGCGGACCUGUCCGGCAUGGCCAAGAGCGAUGGCGACGAAGCCGGCACGCCGCUGCACGUGGCGGACGUGCGCCACAAGGUGGUGCUCGAGGUGAAUGAGGAUGGUGCCAUGGCGGUGGUCGCCACCAGUAGCUAUAUGCUCCGUGGGGCUAGUGCGGUAAUGGCGGAUCAGCCGGAAACGGUGGACUUCGUCGCUGACAACCUGUUCGUGUUCUUUGUUAUCGAGGAGGUGUCGCGAGCAAUCCUCUUUGUUGGCCGCGUCCUCGACCCUUCAGUGUAAGGGUUAUUAUGACCUUUGAAUUCUCUUUUUUACAUUACAUUGCUUGGAUUUUGACAAAUCAAUGGAGAAGUUUUGUUCAUAUAAGAAACUACGACAUCA